UGCCAGACCUUUUUUUAACCUGCCCUCAAAACUGUCUUUGAUAAUUAUUGUUUUUAAGGGAAAUGGGAGUAGUUAUCUUUGUUUUCUAGACAACACUAAAGCUUUUGACCAGCUGCUGCAAAGGAAAUUGUUAUUGCACUGAAAAGAUAGGGAUAGCCCCCGAAUUGUAAAGAGGAUGGGGAAGUAACUUAGAGAUAAACUAUGGUUAGUCACCUACUCCAGAGAGAAUCAGAACAAUGUCCUACGUUUUUGUAAACGACUCUUCCCAGACAAAUGUGCCGCUGCUGCAGGCUUGCAUUGAUGGAGAUUUUAACUAUUCCAAAAGACUGUUAGAGAGUGGUUUUGACCCAAAUAUUCGUGACAGCCGAGGCCGAACUGGCCUUCACCUUGCUGCAGCCAGAGGAAAUGUAGACAUCUGUCAACUCUUGCAUAAGUUUGGUGCUGACCUACUAGCCACUGAUUACCAAGGUAAUACAGCCCUUCACCUGUGUGGGCAUGUGGACACCAUCCAGUUCCUAGUUUCUAAUGGACUUAAAAUUGAUAUUUGCAAUCACCAAGGUGCAACACCGCUUGUUCUUGCAAAACGAAGGGGUGUGAAUAAAGAUGUGAUUAGACUGCUGGAAUCUUUAGAGGAGCAAGAGGUGAAAGGAUUUAACAGAGGAGCUCACUCAAAGCUGGAAACGAUGCAAACUGCUGAAAGUGAAAGUGCAAUGGAAAGCCAUUCCCUCCUUAAUCCAAACCUACAGCAAGGUGAAGGAGUUCUUUCCAGUUUCCGCACGACAUGGCAAGAGUUUGUGGAAGACCUGGGCUUCUGGAGGGUGCUGCUCCUUAUCUUUGUCAUUGCUCUUCUGUCACUUGGAAUAGCAUACUAUGUUAGUGGGGUCCUUCCUUUUGUAGAAAACCAGCCUGAACUGGUGCACUGAAGCAAAUGCAAAGAAGUGCACUGUGCUUUUCCCUGUUCUAAUCUUAUUUUGAGCUUCUUGGAAUUACUCUCUUGGUGCAGGCAGUGGCAGCUGUAUAUACUGUUUGCCUUUUGUACUUAUUAUUAACCCUUUUGAAAGAGGGAUUAAUUAAUUUCAAGUAAAACACUAAAUUCUAAAGCAUUCCUAAGCUACCUCUGACUUACCUUGACUUACAAGCAAGAUGUGAAGAUAAUCCUCUCUGUUGAUAAAAUAUUAUUAUUAGAAAAGGCCUUUCGUAAUGAAUAUUAAAUUCCUUGGCAUGCAAAAUAUAUCUUAGUACAGAACCAAAUUUGAUUUAUUUUCCCUAUGAAGAGAGGUAAAGCUAUUGUUGGAUUUUUUUGUGUGCACUUCAGUUGAAAGAAAAAUAUUGUUUUAAAAGUCCUCCUCAAGAAAUACGCAUAAUAUAAUAAAGCAUUCUGAUAUAUAGACAGCAAUAAGCUGCAAUUUCAUAGUUCUUUUAAUGCCUCCCCAUAGUUUCAUAUCUGCUAGUUUAUAAGAAGAAUUAGUUCAAGUUUUACUAUGACUUUAAUGGAUAGAUCACUACUUUAUUUAUUAGGCUAAUUCAGUGUUUCUUCCCUGUAUGAAUUUAAUGUUGUUAAUACCUGCUUGAAGUAAGUUUUGUAGAACAAAGCUGUUUGUUGUGCUUUGGUAGUAAAGUUGUCUCAGCCUUAGGCUGAAGAUUUUGCCUUUUUGUUGAAAUGUUACUAAGCAAACCUUUCUUUGUAAGGAUGGUUAAAAAGUGAUCUAGGUGUUUUGCUCUGUGUAUAAUAAUUCUGUAAGGUCAUUUCUUUGUGAAAUAUGUAAUGAAGGGUGACUUUUUUUUCCCUCCCACAAAGACCAGACUGAACCAUAUGAUUGUAUUGUUUUCAUGUUUGUGGAGAGGACUUGAUUGAAUAGAAUUUCUUUUUAGAAUUGUUUUCCAUGUCAGCAUUUACAGGCUUAUGAAUUAUUUUUUGAGUAUGCAGAAUAAAAGUAUUUAAAAUGUUAAUAUUUAGGAACAUUGUAUGAAAAGAAAUCUUGACCCAUUCUGUGCUUAGCUGUGAAAUCCUUUGUUUUUAAAUAGCCUAGGGUUAUGAAUCAGUUAGAUACUCUUAUGAAGGCUAAAAAGGUACUACAUACUAAGUUGGAGGCUUUCAAAGAAAGCAGAUUUCUCUCCUCCCAUGCUUAUUAGACAUUUAACUCUCUUUGUUGGCAUUGCCUUGAAAAUCCCAAACAAA